AAAAUAAACGCAAAAAUCAAUGGCCCCCCCGCAGAAGAGAACCCCUUUCACACACGAGAAACCCCAGCCCCAAAGACCUUGGGGCAGCCACUUUCCGUCCGUCGAUUUACAUAUUCAUUUUUCACCCCACCUGGCGAGGCGGACAGGUGUUGUCACAUCUUCGAUUCGCGACUCGCGAGUGCCAAACUCUGAGGUUGAAUAAGCCAGACAUGUAUGCAUCAUGGAUACAUGCGCAAAGCGAUAUCAGUGCUUUUCGCCAAAGAUAAGGGCUCUUUUCGAAGAGCUGCCUCGCUUUUACCCACAUUCGAGGCGAAAAAGCAAAAGCAGCUGGCUGGCUGACUGUUUCUGUUUCUGAUUUCGUACUUCUGGUUUCCGACUCUCGGCACCCGUGACUCAACCUAACGAUCCGCUCGCAGUUCCAUCAUAACCAGCCAUAUCGUCACAGCCAACGCACGUCUCUCUCGCUCGCGCUCUUGGCCGGAAUUCGGGAAACCAGCCCAGAUCCGCAGCUCCGUCUCCAGACAACGAUCCAGACCCACAUCCAGAUCCAGACACAGAUCCAUCGACUCCGGCCAGAUGAGCAGCGGAAUGAGGUCGCAGGACGGUCCGCGGGCGAAGGUCAAUGCCGCCAGCACUCUGCUCACGCAGGAGGAGAACGAGGCCGUUUUCGAGCUGCUGGGCAGAAAGUGCCAGACGCUUAACACCGCCGUGGUGCAGAUCUACAAGACGGAGGGCAGUGCCCACGCCCACUGGAAGAAGCGGCACACCGGAGUCGUCUGCUUCGUGAAGGACAGCGCCAUCCGGUCCUACUUCAUGCGGGCCUACUGCCUGAUCAAGAAGGAGCUGAUCUGGGAGCACGAGAUCUACGAUGGCAUGCAGGUGGUCAAGUCGCGGCCCUUCCUCCUCACCUUCGAGGGCAGUGACGGCCAUGUGGGUCUGAACUUUGUGUCCGAGGAGGAGUGCGACUCCUUCUUCCGCGUUGUGGACUCCACCAUAGAGACACGCAACCGAAAAAGGCAGGAGAAGCGCAACAGGCAGAAGAGCCAGCAGGCGCCCAAUGCUCCAGUGCCUCCGAUUCCGCGGGAGCCGGCCAGACCGCCGCCCAUGCAGAGCGCCACAGAUGGCGGAGGCGUUCAGUUGCGAAACAACAAAAUCAACUCGGUGACUCUGAUCCCCGCACCGGCGCAGUCGAAGAACUUCCUGUCCAGUAGCUUCGGACUGGGCAACCACGCCAAGGACAAGAAGCGCAAGGUGACCAAGGCGGACAUCAGCCAGCCCACGAACUUCAUGCACAUCACCCACGUCGGCUGGGAUGCGGAGAAGGGCUUCGACCUGACGGGCAACGAGAAUGACCAGAUGCUGAACGACUUCUUCGUCAGGGCCGGCGUCUCCGAGAUGGAGCUAAAGGACCGGGAAACGCGCGCCUUCAUCUACGACUUCAUACAGAGCAACAACGUCCUGGCGUCGGUGAAGCAGGACAGCGUGGAGUCCCCUACGGAAACGACGCCGCCCAUGCCGCCGCCGGUGCCAACCCGUCAUCCUUCAAAUGGCAACCAAAGAAGUGCACCUCCGCCGCCGGCAAGGCAACCACCGCCCCCAGUGCCCGUCACUGUGCCGGGCGCCUCGCGAGCUCCCCCUCCACCCAGCAGACCACCACCCAUCAGCACCGCACCACCACCGCCGCCAGUCAGCGCUCCCGCCGUAGCGCCGCCACCCCCUCCACCACCGCCACCGGCAGCGGUGCCACCACCACCGCCAAUGCCAGUGGGAGAGAUCCCCGUCAUCACGACCACGCACGCACCCAAUCAAGCAGCCAGGCCAGCAGCUCCAGCAGCUCCAGCGGCUCCGGAUCCACGCAACGCACUGAUGGAUGCCAUUCGCAAGGGAACCCAGCUAAAGAAAGUGGACACGUCUGCUCUCAGCACUGGCAGCGGCGACUCCCGCAGCGACUUGAUGAAGGACAUCCGACAGGGGACCGUGCUGAAGCCGGCCAAGGAGCGGGAGCUGGGCAGCCAGCGGAACAGCGACAACGGAGGCGGCACCGACGCCCUGGCCGACGCACUGCGUCGCGCGCUGGCGGCACGCGGGAACGCCAUUCACUCGGACGAGGACGAGACCGAGUCGUCGGACAACGAGGGCGAGUGGGAUUAAGGAGCUACGGAUGACACGAUGCGGGGCAGCAGACACUAUUCCAAAUAUAAGCAAUAAUUUAGUUCGUGCUUUGGCAUUUUGGUUUAUCGUCAGAUAAAUCCCUGUAAAUACUGUUAGUGAAUUUUCAUACCUCUUUAAUUUAAUUGUACGAGUUUAACCAUCGCAAAAAGUACUAAAGGAUAACCACAAAUCGAGACAUUUUAUCAGCAUUUGCCCGUUUUCGUUUGUUCCCGAUCACAUUUGCAUAUCCAUGAAGCUGCUCAAUUAAAUAUGAACGAUACGCAUCUAUGUAUGUUAAUCCAAUUAUAUAAGUGGGUGAAUUCUGCAUCCCCGUUCAGACUACUGUGCCAAAAAGUUGAGAACACCAAAUGUGAGCAAACUAGAAAUUCACCUUAUCUGCGAACUGAAAAACUGUAAACUGAGCGAUAGAAAUUUAUUAUAGUGAAUAUAUUUUAUAAAUCUACAACAAAGGAAAGGAUCAAACGAAAAAUAAACUGUGACUACUUAAUAAAGCCACAGUUGGGAAUUAUUACAUAGACAAGUUUAAACUAAUCGACUUGCCCGCAAUUAACCAUGUACUAAAUUUACCAAAUUUGCUCAGUAAUAAUUCACUACUUGUUGAGAUAAUAAUUACCUACAGCGAUAAGUAUGGCUAAACCAAUUAAUAAGGGAUGUACUCAUUUAUUUUGACUCAAAGGCUUCCUCGGACACAGAUGUCCGCCAAGGCUGUCUUUUGCAUCCAGUUACACCCAAUUGAUUAACGACCUAGUAACUCAUAAGUAUUUUCUUUUUAGUUGAGUGCAUUUAAUGCCAACUUGUAGUCAUUUUUCUUCUGUGUGUUUGUAUUUAAAUCAAGAUUACGUAUAUGUAUGUUUUUCGUGACUUUUUUGAAACUACUAAACCCAAUAAGCUUGUCAGAGCGAGAAAUUUAUGUGGAUCAGAUUUUGGAUUAAUAUGUACGCAUGUUUAAAGAGUUUUGUGCGACUUAUGUAUUUCAAUACAUAAUACUUACAUAUGCUAAUAUAUAAGCCAUUAAUUUAUGUAAUAAAGUUGUGUAUACCUAACUUAAAACUAA